AUGAAAGAUGCCAUCUGCCAACUGCUGCAGACAAAGGCGGAACAAGGUGCCGCGGCUUUCUUGCGGUGUCUGCAGAUGUUCAAAGCAGCAGUGUCCAAGCAAGCCCCUUUCGCAACGCUCGGCAAUCGGAUUGUUGAUGGAGAUGUGCUGGAGGACUGCAUUUCGGCGGUUCGUGCUGGCUGUGAUUUCCCUCUGCCACCUGCCCUGCUUGAGGGCGGCCGUGAGGAUAGCGAGUUGGAUAAAGAGAUUGCUGCCGCUGUGGCAGAGCCUAGUCCAGAAGUCUCUGACGCAUUGGAGAUGCUUUUCCUACGAUUGGAGCCUGACUACUUGACGGUGGUCAAGGUCCAGCCGACGGCGGAGCGGAAUGUGGACGGCUACCAGCAUUUGCUGUGUGUGAAAGACGUGUGGAGCCAGUUGAGCAUGGCAACCAGCUUUUUUGCCUGGUACUCCAAGAACGAGAGCUCCGGCACCCUCAAGCAGCAUGCGGAUUCCUGGGGGCUCAGUCGCAAGCACAUAGUGCGACACGAGAACUACAAAGGCAGUCAAGAAGCUUUCACAUGGCCGGGCUUGAGAUAUGACUGUGUCUCAAGCGCCGGCUUCCUGCUUCUGAUUGGAACCCUGGCACAGAUUCGUGGUUUGGCUGAGAACGUACAGAGCAAAUGUGUCAGUCUGCUUCGUCGCAUGACGGGACUCCUGGAGUUCUCAGACGGGCUCAAGCUGCUUCCCACUUUGACGUUGGCGGUCCAGGAUGGCCAGGUCAUGCUCAAGAGCUUUCUCAAGCUCUUCGACCGCGAGCUACGAGCCUCGCUGAAGCAGAGGUGGGAAAACUGCGUCGCUCUGGGCACAAGUCGCAAGAACCUGGGCGGGUACGUCCCUGUUGCAGAUGUAUGCUGGUUUCUGAUGAGACUCCGAGCUGAUUCAGAUGGCCUUUCUCAGGUCCCAGUCACCAGGCUACAGAAACGCAUCUUGCAUAUCUUGGCCCAGGCUUGGGAGACCGGCGUGUGCGAAGGUUCCAUACACCUGCGAGAUACGCCGCCGAGGCAGCAGGAGGAGCCAGGUCAGACGCCAUGGUCGUCCGGGUCGCGAACCCGGAACGCGAACUUGGCGAGGCAAGAACUCUUGAAAAGAUUCUUGGCCAGGGGCGGAGGCUUCGUGACUGGAUUGAGAAAUCGCUCCAAUUUCGAGAUCUGCCCUACAGACCUUGAGCUGCCUGGAACGCUGGGGAAAAGCUUGGGCGCUUGUGCUGCACACCAGUACUUGACCGGCUACUUUCUGGACGCCCGGAGUGCCUUGAUGAAGAAGCUUUCCGUGCAGAAGUUUCGACACAUGAGCAUGUACGAGGAUGCUGCGAAGGUGCUUCAAGUGCUGGUGUCCGCGGAUGGCUUGAUGAUCUCCUCGCCCAUCAGUUUGCUACCCCAGCUCAAAGAGACCACCGAGAGCAGUGCUGCAGAGAACUUGGCGAAGGCGGCAGAACUGGUGCCGAAGAAGGCAUUGCAGGAUCUCAAAGGCGCCAAGGCCUCCUGUGGCCCUGCGACUUUGUGUGCACCUGAGAAAGUUGCGACACGUUCCAAACUCCUUGGAAUCAAUCAUUCGCUCAAUGCUCUGAUUGAUUAUCGCCUGGCUGACAGCCUGCCGCAUGCUUUUCGGCCCUGCCGGAAUGGGGAACGAAGGAGCACCGUUCACUGGAAUGGAUUGGACUUGCCCUAUGUUUGGUCGCCGACAGGGGUGACCUGGCAGACAACCCAGUACCCAGGCUGGCAAUCCAUCCUGAGGCUGAACUGCUUGCAGGACGAGGGGGACGCAGCGGGAGUGUACCAGAUGGCGCAAAAUGGGCUGGCGGUGCUUGUCCACCGUGACACACUACACAAGCUACACCGAGAAGAAAUUCUCGCUUCCUCAGAGGUGGCAGAGAUUGCACUGGCACGCAAGCAGAUCAACCUCAUCUUGAAAUUCGACCGAGCGCCUUGGGCAACUUCAGCGUUUGGCCGUAGGCUGGCCGAAGCCAGAGAACGUGUGGGUGAAAUCCCCACUGAUCAUCCCUUGAUUGACAUGGUCAGUGCCGGAAUCAUUUCCGACCAGGGGCUCUCGCCGGAUGCUUCGCCGGCUCAAGUCAAAGAGGCGAUCCUUGCCUUUUGCCGCUCCAAGCGCGGCAGCACUGGUGCAGAGCACAAGACCGGCAGGUGGUGCGACCUGCUGGACUCCUUCCGCCGCUUGAGAUCCGAGUGGCAUUGCCGCCUGUUCGUGCUUCUAUUUGCGAUGAUCUUGGAAGGACGAAAUCCGUGGAGUGCACUCUCCGAGAGCUUGGACAAGGCUGGCUCGGACGACGAUCUUGCUCUGGCUCCCAAGGUCUUGGUGCAGCCUCUCAUCCUUGCCUAUGGGAAGAGCAUCUUUUAUUGCCUCCAGCCUUUUGGAAGUUUCCAAGUGCGAGAAGAUAAGUCCGUGGAGGGAAGUCUCCGUCUUCGUUCGUACGUGGUCAAGCAUUGGCCAGACUUGAUCCGGGAUACUUUGAAGUCUGCCUUGAGCCCAGAGAGCAUCCAAGACUUGAUCUGCAAUGUCGACGACACCGAGCAGCUCUUGGCAGUGCAUUGGAGACACACCAUAGCCACAGUUCAGCGAUUCUGGGAUUUUUCUGCUCUGUAUCAGUUUUUUCCCUGGCGAUUUUUCAUGCUCCUCGAUUGCAAUCCCGAUGUCGCCAAUCGGUGUUUGAAGGAAAUGGAGUCAGAGUGGGUUUUUUUGUGUCGAAUGGAGGAGAAGUGUCGCGAUGCCAGCGACCAGUAUCCUCUCAAAGCCGUGCCGCAUGUACGAUGGCACGUGUAUCGUGAGAUUAUGACAUACUGCCAGGAGAGGCGGUGGCGGCUGACUGACGAUCUGAAAGACCUGGUGCGAGCUUGGCUCGCUGAUCCUUCGAGCGCAUUGGGCUGCGAAAAUUGCUUUCGCAGCCUACGUCUGGGAGAAAGAGGCCAAUCUGGAGGCGAAAUUGCGCCUGUGCAGCUGCAAACUGCAUCGAUACAGGCAGUGGCCGAGCGAUACGAGAACUUCGAGACCAUCUCUCCAUCGCCAUCACUUGUGCAUUCAGUGCCGAUGAAGCAAGUCAUCAAGACUUCGAUUUUCACCGCGAAGCGCGACACUGCAGCUGACACAGGAUUGGAGAACUUCAAUGCAAUCGCUCGCGAGGCGGCUACCUCGCCUUACCAUUUCAAUCGCAAAGCCCUGAACGUGUGGUCGACAUGCAAGAGGCUGGACGGUGAUAUGUCCAGAACCUGGGUCACGGAGCUCGCCAGGCCUGCUCAGGUCUGGCAGUGUCGGCAGGACUUGUUUCUCGUGGUGGAUGCUCCGUACGUGGUGCUGCGAGUCUGCUCUUUGCUGAAGCAAACGAAGGUGGUCGAUGGCCAAAACCAUCAUGUGGCUGUCAUCCCAACCAGUGCUUUUCAGAUGAAGGAUAUCAACCCGGCCGACCCCAACGAUUGGUUUCUGCUGCCUGCCGAGCCCAUGCUGCUGAAUGCCAGAGAGAUGGUCUUGAAGCUGGGAGAUCCGCAGCCUAUCAUCAACUAUGCCUUGGAGAACUAUGCAUGCAGAGCUUUGGCUGUGCAUCAGUUUGGUACCCUUGUGGACGGCUGGGCAAUCAUUUACAGUUCUAUUCUGUUGAUUUGUGUACGUUACUCCUAA